GAGGUUGUCCGUGCCGAGGUUCAACUAUUGUUUGGAGGCUGAGCCGGGAUCCGCAGCUGAGCCCCAGGGGGAGACUGGAGGAGAACCAGACUGGGAGCAGGUGUCAGGGCCCCUGUCAGGGCAGAAAACUAGGGUUAGGAUUUACUCUGAGGAUUGGGUUGGAGGGGUAAAUUCCCAAGAAAGUGCGAGAUUAGGGUGUCAGUGGUGAACUCUGGGGAAAGGCAGAGUUACUAAGGCACAGUGAGUACUCAUCCCGCAACAGCACUUAUCUUCCCGUCUCGUCUCAGUAAAUCCUCCCGGCAACCCUGGGACACAGGAUCUCUCCAUUUUGAAAAGUGGAAAACAGGCUCAGGGUUUAGGUUGUCUGUCCAAGACCACUCAGCUAAAAAGUGGAAGAAUCUGAACGGGAACCCAGGGAAUUCGACUCCCUGGAUCUUCCUGUGCUGAGCAUUUGGGAAAGGCCCGGUGAGAGGGGGAGGGAGGGCGUUCAUGGCAUCUUGGUGUUUGGCUGGGAGUGGUCUGGUUGGUGGGUCGGCACACGGCACACGGCAGCUGGAUCCGGGACUCCAGCGCCUCUGACUGAGCCACAAAGGGUUAAAGAACCUUCGCCCCCUCCUCCCGCCUCCUCCCGCCUCCUCCCACAGCUCUUCCUGUCCCGCUGUUGCAACACCCCUUCUGCACUCUCCUCUCCCCUCCCACCUCCUUUCUCCUCCUCUUUGCUUUAAUGUUUCGGAGUUCUUCGGAACUGCGUCGGACUCAGGCUCCACUUCUGGCCUUCGGGGUUUGCGGUCCCUGGGACCAGGCCGUGAUCUCCACAACUGUCUCAACCUUCAACCCCCUACCCAAGGUCCAGGCUCCUCUUGGGACCUCCAGACCCGCACAUCCUGGGACUCUGUUGCCGCCGCUGCCGGCCGCUGCCGCCACUGCUUGAGCCCCGAUGGGGGAGUGAGAGGCCACUGCUGGCCCGACAUGGGCCUCCCCACCGUGCCUGGCCUGCUGCUGCCACUGGCGCUCCUGGCUCUGUCGGUGGAAAUACACCCCUCAGGGGUUACUGGACUGGUCCCUCCCCUCAGGGACAGGGAGAAGAGAGACAGUCUGUGUCCCCAGGGAAAAUACAGCCACCCUCGAAAUAGUUCCAUUUGCUGUACCAAGUGCCACAAAGGGACCUACCUGCACAAUGACUGUCCCGGCCCGGGGCUGGACACGGACUGCAGGGAGUGCGAAAACGGCACCUUCACUGCCUCAGAGAACCACCUCAGACAGUGCCUCAGCUGCUCCAAGUGCCGGAAGGAAAUGUACCAGGUGGAGAUUUCCUCUUGCACGGUGGACCGGGACACCGUGUGCGGCUGCAGGAAGAACCAGUACCGGAAUUACUGGAGCGAAACUCUUUUCCAGUGCCUGAACUGCAGCCUCUGCCUCAACGGCACGGUGCAUCUCUCCUGCCAGGAGAGACAGAACACCGUCUGCACUUGUCACACCGGGUUCUUUCUGAGAGGGAAUGAGUGCGUGUCCUGUGUUAACUGUAAGAAAGACACGGAGUGCACGAAGUUGUGCCCAUCCCCAACCCAAAGUGUGAAGGGCCGACAGGACCCAGGCACCACAGUGCUGUUGCCCCUAGUGAUCUUCCUUGGGCUUUGCCUCUUAUCCCUCCUUUUCAUCGGUUUAAUGUGCCGCUACCGACGGUGGAAGCCCAAGCUCCACUCCAUUGUUUGUGGGAAAUCGACACCUGUAAAAGAGGGGGAGCCCGAGCCCCUGGCCUCAACCUCAAGCUUCAGUCCCACCACGGGCUUCAGUCCCACCACGGGCUUCGGUCCCACCACGGGCUACAGUCCCAUGGCCGGCUACAGUCCCAUCUCCAGCUCCACCUUCACCCCCAGUCCCACCUUCACCCCCAGUCCCAAUUUCACUCCUGGUGACUGGCGCAACUUCAGCGCUGCAUCACCCCCCAGAGAGAUGGCUCCACCCUACCAGGGGGCUGGCCCCAUCCUCACAGCAGCUCCAGUCUCCACCCCCAUCCCCACCCCUCUUCAGAAGUGGGAGGACUGCGCUCACGCGCAGCGCCCAGACACCGACCCGGCCACGCUGUACGCCGUGGUGGACGGUGUGCCCCCGUCGCGCUGGAAGGAGUUCGUGCGGCGGCUGGGGCUGAGCGAGCAUGAGAUCGAGCGGCUGGAGCUGCAGAACGGGCGCUGCCUGCGCGAGGCGCACUACAGCAUGCUGGCGGCCUGGCGGCGGCGCACGCCGCGGCGCCAAGCCACGCUGGAGCUGCUGGGCAGCGUGCUCCGCGACAUGGACCUGCUCGGCUGCCUGGAGGACAUCGAGGAGGCGCUGUGUGGCCCCGCCUCCCUCUCGCCCGCGCCCCGCCUUCCCCGAUGAGGCCACGCCCCCGCCCCCUUGGCAGGGGGCUGCCCAGAGGACAGCUGCUUUCUGCCCCCGGGCAGUCCGGAAGGACGGUGCAAGAUGCCCUCUGGACCCCCUUAUUUCUGGAGAAGAAGGAUCUUGGAGGGGCAGGCGUGAGCUGGCAGCCACUUCCUUGGUGCUACUCCCUCAGUGUACAUAGCUUUUCUCAGCUGCCUGAGGGUCAGCCGUGUUUGUGUGUGUGUGUGUGUGUGUGUGUGUGUGUGGUGGGGGGGGUGCGUGUGUGGUGGUGAGAGAGGCGUGGGGUGUGUGUUCUCGUGAGAGAGGCUGAGUGUGCCAGGGUUGUGGGGGUAAAAGGCGCCAUGCCUCACUGCCCAUUUUGGGUUUGGAAAACCCAGCAAGGAUGCUUAGGGGCCCCUGGUUGGUCCCUGAGCGUUUUUCACAGCAGAUAAGCAAUCUUUGUAUCAAUUAUAUUACACUAUAGAAACUUGGCACCCCUUUGUCCCCUGCCUGGACAAGCACAGAGUAAGCGGAACUGUCCAAAGGCAGGGGCAAGCACAGAAGGAUGGGGCCUCCGGCUGGAGCUGUGGACUUUUGUAAAUACACUAAACCCUGGAAUUAAAGCUCUGCUCUUGGA